ACACCAGUGCCAAUAACAUUUUGUGGCCCUUCCUGUUCAAUCACGAAUCAGAUCGUGAAAAUCGCCAGCUUCCAGUUGUAUUGAUUUUAUUUCCUCAUACUUAGUAGGCAUUUUGACCAUUCUGAUAUCGCCAAAAUUUGGACGCUCCUUCCUACAUUGCAUCAGUGUUUUUUUCGGGAAUUUCUCCAUCAUGGUGCUGAGCCUGAUGGGCCUUCCGGGUACGGGGAUGAAUCUGAGCGGCGGUCUGGGAUUGGCCGGUCUGCUGACCGUCCUCUUCCCGUAUUUUGAGCGCCUGCUGGCCUACCUCUUCAACAUCCGCAUCAGCGACUACUUCGGCCAUCUCUUCGGCCACAACAGCAUCCUGGGCACCACCUUCGGGAUCGUCGGCGCCGGGGCCCUGGUGGCGGCGCUGCAGCAGCUGUGGAACUCCGCCUGGACGCUGUACAGCAGCUACUUCGCCACGUCCCUGGAGGUGUCCGGCCAUGAUCCCGUGUACGCGCAGAUGCUGGACUGGAUCAACAGCAAGGUGCUGCAGCCGCGGCAUGUCAGUCUGCAGAGCGACUAUCGCCAGGCCAGUAAGGGCCGCUGGGACACGGCCCAUGAGUUCGUGCCCAGUGUCGGCGUACAUCGAUUCCGGUAUCAAGGAAAGAAGAUGACCUUGGAGCGCCGGCGCCAGGAAAGCCAGAUGGACGCCUUCACCGGGCAGAAGCCGCAGGAGAGCCUGGUCCUCUCCACCCAGGGCACCACCACGGCCAUCUUCCGGCACAUCCUGGCCACCGUCAAGGAGUACCAGCGCGCCAAACGCCAGGCCCGCACCUACCUGUACACCGUCAGCCACGGCGUGUGGAUGCCCACCAACGUCAACGGCCGCUGCAAGCGCCCCCUGGACUCCAUCAUCCUCAACGCCGGCGUGGUCGAGGCCAUCACGGAGGAGCUGCAGGAGUUCUUCGACACGGCGGAAUGGUACACGAAGUACGGCGUCCCCUACCGCCGCGGCUACCUCUUCUACGGCCCGCCCGGCACCGGCAAGACUAGCUUCAUCACGGCGCUGGCCGGCCACUUUGAUCUGUCCAUCUGCACGCUGAACCUGAGUGACGCCCAGAUGACGGAUGAGCAGCUGCUGCGGCUGAUGUACUCGGCGCCGGAGAACGCGGUGAUCCUGUUGGAGGAUGUGGACGCGGCAUUCGGGGAUCGGGCGGCCAGUGUCGAGGAGGAGAAGAAGAUUCCCGCCGCCGCUAAGAUUCGAUCGGCCGGCCGGAUGCUGACGUUCAGUGGGCUGCUGAACGCGGUGGACGGGGUGGGUUCGGCGGAAGGACGGAUUAUCUUCAUGACCACCAACUACAUUGAACGACUGGAUUCGGCACUGAUUCGUCCCGGCCGCAUCGACCGCCGUCAGCUGUUCGACUUCGCCAGCGAGUACCAAGUGGAGAUGAUGCUGCGCCGCUUCUACCCGGCCUGCACCGCGGAGGAGGUGCAGCAGUUCGUCCGCGCCGUCUUCGAGCAUCCGGACGGACGCCGCGUCACCAUGGCGCAGCUGCAGGGCGUCUUCCUCGUGCAUAAACGCCGUCCGGCCGACGUCAUCGCCGGCGUCUCCAUGCUGCACGACUGGAUUCACCAGGAAGAAAAGAUACGCCAGGAAACCGGUGGAAAGCGGGCCACGGGACGCCAGCCGAUCAGCAUCGGAAUCCCACCCGGCAAUGCGGCAUCUAUCCUGGGAACGGGACUGAUUGGGGCAGAUUUAGAUCAGAUGUUCUCUGUGCUUAGAUCGCGUGGUUUAGUUGAUGCUGACUACUAAUGAUGUCCUCUUUAUGGCUCUGUGGGAUUAAGAAAU